AUGACCACCGGUCCGCGCGCCGGCGCCCUGGACGCUGCCGGCGCCCAGGCCACCGUUUCCACGCUCAACUAUGCCCUGGGCACACGACACAUCAAGUCCUGGAUGACCGCGCCCGCCAAUCCACCCGCCCCCGCCCCGUCCGCCCGCCCCGCCAUGUCUGCGUCGUCCUUUGUCCAGAGAAGCGUCGGUCCCAGCAAGCGCCCCUCGCCCCACGUCAACGACCACCGAUACCCGACAGACACUGCCAACCCUGCCAGCCCUGCCAACCCUGCCAGCCCUACCAACCCUGCCAGCCCUGCCAGCCCUACCAACCCUACCAACCCUGCCAGCCCUGCCAGCCCUACCAACCCUACCAACCCUGCCAGCCCUCCCAGCCCUGCCAAUCCUGCCCACGCGCCCUCCGUCGAGCGCCUACCGUCUUCCAAUUCGACCUCGCCCCAGCUCGCCAACAGCAUCACCGCCCAUGACCGCAACCACACCCCUCGCAAUGCACACACCACCGUCUUCCCCUCGCCCACGCCGAGCGAGGAAGACACGCCUCACCGUCCAGACCCUCCCACACACCCCCUGGCCGCCCCGAAGCGCCCACCCGCUCGAGACGCUUCCACGCGGGAGAAGAGACCACGCCUUGACAGCGCCCUCCAACUGACCACACCACAACAUCCAUCUCAGUCUCCACACCUCCCACCACCUCCUUCGGCACCACACACCGAGCGUGCAAAUCUUCCCUCGGCUCAGACAUCGCCUCGUACCCCGCCUUACAGCCAACCUUCGACUCGACAGAUGGCGUCGCCACAGCGAGUCCCAGCUGCCCAGCAACGGGGCCGUCCUCCAAGCUCGACCACCAAUCCGUCCACACUCCAAACCCACCCUCUCUGGGACCCACACCCCGGCCAAAUCCACACCAACCCUCCAUCCAACUCGCGGUCCUUCGGAAACGCACCUGGUCACAGCGUAGUCUCCUCACAACGGCGUGCGUCAGAUCAUGGUGGUUGGUAUUCGCGCCAGCAUUGCACACAAACGCUUGCCGCCUUCAAAUCAACGUACCCUGUCCACCACCCUCGUGAUGCCCAACGAAUGCAGCUGCUGGAAGAAGCCAUCAACGUGCAGGAUUGGGCCUACGUGACGCUGCAUCAGUACUAUUGUCUACUGACUCGUUCGCCCCAGUCGUUGCCUCCAGAGCUGCGGUCUAACAAGAGUUGGACUACAGCCUAUGGCUUGAUGCGAGAAGUACUCCUCGAAAACGCCUUCCUCUCAGCCCCAGUCAUGGACUUUUUCUGCUCCUUUCCAUUCCCCCUCCAUCACAUGGCGGCUACAUGGCCAACCAAUUUUAAACGUGCCGAGCACGCCUUUGCCAUGUUUGUCACCUACUUGCCCAGGGCCGUCCAACUCAAGUCUGCGAGUGAGAGGCGGAGGAUCCCGCCUAGUCCGUGUGAGUUGGCUGGCUGUUUCCUGGCUUCCAUCGUCUUCCAGCGCCUCCUUCUCAGGCACAUUAUCCGUACCCUUUGGGCACCCUACCCGGACUUGCCAGUGAAGCGCCAAUUCGAGCAUCGCCUCGUGCAGGCUUGGGAAUCCCUUUCCUUGUCUUUCCAACAGCCAAGACCGAGCAGACAAGUCCACGGUCGUGAGCAGGCGGAGAACGAAUUGCAAGCCUGGACCUUUACCUACACCCAGCACUCCAACUCAUUCGAGGCCGCCAUGCGCGGUCAAGGCUUCCAGCAACUUGGCCCGCUCUCCCCUCCCGUCGUACGUCGGCAACAACCACAAGCCGGCAACACACCCUCGGAAGACACGACUACGUCGCGCCGCCGUCAGCAACCACAAGCCGGCAACACACCCUCGGAAGACAUGACUACGUCGCGCCGCCGUCAGCAGCAGCCACCCCAGCCGUCCCAGCCCGGUACAACAUCACAGAUGCGCCCGUCUCUACCUUCGCGCCAAACGACUACGCGAUUGCUUCCCCGCCCUGGCCUGGUACGCCCGCAGCAACGCGUGCCAAACCCAUCCCGUUUCGGUCUUCACCAGGCUCACCUUCGUAGUCCAGUCAUGAGCGCUGCGAAUCUCUCUUCAGCAGCCUACUCCUUUUGGCAGGGAUUCGUCUGCAAGCCACAACGACUCUUCCAUCCGAACACCAGGACGGAGAAGCUGACCUUUACUUUUUCCGCAAAGGAGAUGGAGUUUGUUGCCACCACGCUUGCGGGCGCUCCAGGCGCUCCCGAACGAAGAGCAGUGGGCCCAAACCACAAAACGAUCCGACUGCGGUGCGUCAAAUGGCCUUCUCAUGAGCCACCGAAUGACUCUGCGUGGGCUGUGGCCGAGACUAGUUGGAUUCCUUAUUCGUACUUUACCUUCAACCAGUCAUCUCUGCAGCUUCGAAAGAAGCUCCACCAUGGAAGAGACCUUCCCGUCGACCUUACAGGUCUCGUGCGAAGAGGAGAGAAUACGCUGGAAAUAUCGGUCAUGAGUGAUGCAGACGACACAACGCACCGCAACUACCUGGUGGCUGUCGAAUUCCUGGGCGUCACGACACAAGCGACCAUCAAGAAGCGCUGCCACGACAAUCGCAUACCAGCCGAGAAGACGGUCGCCGACAUCAAACGAAAACUGUCUCUCGGCGGCACCGACGACGAUGACAUUGCCAUUGUGGAAAGCACGCUCACCAUCAACCUUCGUGAUCCCUUCAGCGCGUCCGAAAUCUGCGACACACCGGCACGAAGUAGAGCUUGUCUGCACAAUGAGUGCUUCGACCUCGAUACCUUCCUCGCGACACGCCCAAGAAAAGGCAACGUGUCUGCACCUGACCAGUGGCGGUGUCCCAUCUGCAAAGCAGACGCACGACCGACCGUUUUGGUCGUCGAUGAGUUCCUUAUCGAGGUACGCGAGCAUCUCGAGAGAAGAGGUCUGUUGGAGACAAGAGCCAUUGUCCUGGACAAGGACGGGUCGUGGAUGCCAAAAGCCGAAGAGCGCGAUCCAAACGGUGUGCAGGACCACGAUACACCCGAGCCGGACGCAGCGUAUGCGACAUGGUCAGCAACAAGGCCCAAGCUAUCCGUCACCCAUGAGGUUAUUGAUCUCGACAGCGACUGA